CCGGAAUUUCCCAAACACUGGCGCGUCUGUAUAGAGGGCAAGCUGAAACGAAAGGCAGUUCCUCAUCACACCUCCGACACAAUUUAUGGGCCGGUCAAGCAGAUUGACACUGACCUGCAGCGCCCUAUGCCCGCUGACCGCUACGGCAACAAGUAUACGUUGAACAUGAUUUGUGACGGCACUAAGUUUGGACUUCACAGUGUAUUAAUUACUCAACCAAAAAAACAGGCGCGCCACGACUUCCACGGUAUCUGGAACCUCCACAAACACAUUGAAUCAUUUCUUCAGCAUGUAGAACAACCACCGUACUCUCACCCGUCUCUGACAAAUUAGCAGAUGUUCCCCAUACCCCGGCUAAUCAUGCUGUUGAAGUACUACUUCCAAAUUUCGGUCCAAACCGAGUCAUCGCGCUUGUUGGUUCCGCCUAUGAUACUUCCGAUCC